GCUGGGCUGAACACCAUGGCUACGCUCUUCUCCCGGCCCCAGAGGCGCCCUCCCCUCUUGCGCCAGGCCAUCAAGAUAAGGCGCCGCGGGGUCAGAGAUCUGCAGGAUCCCCGGCCCCCACGGGCUCAGGAGAUCGAGCCUUCAUCCCACCACUUGUCGCCUGAGGAGCGGGCCCUGCUCUACGAGGAAGCUCUCUACACCGUCCUGUACCGGCUGGGGCAGCCGGAGCCCAACCAUGUGGGGGAGUCCUCCGAGCUGCUGCAGUACCUGCAGGAGGCCUUCCACAUGGAGCCCGAGGAGCAUCAGCAGAUGCUAAAGCGCGUCCAGCAGCUGGAGAAACCAGUCUUUUGUCUGAAAGCAACGGUGAAACAAGCUAAGGGUAUCCUGGGCAAGGAUGUCAGCGGGUUCAGUGACCCCUACUGCCUGCUGGGCAUCGAGCAGGGGAUGACGGUGUCUGGGGGCAGCCCAGGCCUCCGGCGCCGGCAGAAGGCCGUGGUGAGGCACACCAUCCCCGAAGAGCAGACGCACCGCACCCAGGUCAUCACCCAGACCCUCAACCCUGUGUGGGACGAGACGUUCAUCCUAGAGUUUGAGGACAUAAGCAAUGCCAGCUUUCAUCUGGACAUGUGGGACAUGGACACCGUGGAGUCCGUCAGACAGAAGCUCGGGGAGCUCACAGACCUGCAUGGGCUGCGAAGGAUAUUUAAGGAGGCCCGGAAGGAAAAAGGCCAGGACGACUUCCUGGGGAACGUAGUUCUCAGACUACAGGACCUGCGCUGCCGGGAGGAUCACUGGUACCCCCUGGAGCCCUGCACGGACACCUACCCGGACCGCGGCCAGUGUCACCUCCAGUUCCAGUUUAUCCACAAGCGGAGAGCCACCAAGGCCAGCCGCUCCCAGCCCAGCUACACAGUCCACCUCCACCUCCUGCAGCAGCUGGUGUCCCAUGAGGUCACCCAGCACCAGGCUGGCAGCACCUCCUGGGAUGGGUCAUUGAGCUCCCAGGCGGCCACCAUUCUCUUCCUCCAUGCCACGCAGAAGGACCUGUCGGACUUCCACCGGUCCCUGGCGCAGUGGCUGGCCUACAGCCGUCUCUACCAGAGCUUGGAGUUCCCUAGCAGCUGCCUCCUGUUCCCCAUCACCAGCAUUGAGUACCAGUGGAUCCAGGGCCGGCUCAAGGCCGAGCAGCUGGAGGAGCUGGCCACCUCGUUCAGCUCCCUGCUGGCCUAUGGCCUCUCCCUCAUCCGGAGGUUCCGGUCUGUCUUCCCCCUCUCGGUGCCUGACUCCCCAGCCCGGCUGCAGUCCCUUCUCAGGGUCCUGGUACAGAUGUGCAAGAUGAAGGCCUUUGGGGAACUGUGCCCAGACAGCGCUCCCCUGCCCAGCCUGGUGGCUGAGGCACUGCGGGCUGGCACCGUGGGAUGGUUCCACCUGAAGCAGCAGCACCAUCAGCCCAUGGUGCAGGGGCUGCUGGAGAUGGGCAAGGCGUUACUGAGCCUGGUACAGGACAUCAUUGGGGACCUGCACCAGUGCCAGCGCACGUGGAACAAGAUCUUCCAUAACGUGCUCAAGAUCGACCUCUUCUCCAUGGCUUUCCUGGAGCUGCAGUGGCUGGUGGCCAAGCGGGUGCAAGACUACAUCGCGAUGGUGGGCGGCUCGGUGACCCCGGAGGUAGGCGAGAGCCUGUUCCAGCUCUACGUCAGCCUCAAGGAGCUCUACCAGCUGGGCCCGCACCCCUCGGAGAGGGAUGGCGUCCUGGCCCUGGAAGGCUUCCACCGCUGGUUCCAGCCGGCCAUCCCGUCCUGGCUGCAGAAAACCUACAGUGUAGCCCUGGCGCGCGUGCAGCGCGCGGUACAGAUGGACCAGCUGGUGCCCCUGGGGGAACUGACCAAGCAUAGCACCUCCGCUGUGGAUCUGUCCACCUGCUUUGCCCAGAUCAGCCACACCGCCCGGCAGCUGGACUGGCCUGACCCGGAGGAGGCCUUCAUGAUCACUGUCAAGUUUGUGGAGGACACCUGUCGGCUGGCCCUGGUGUACUGCAGCCUUAUAAAGGCCCGUGCCCAGGAGCUCUCUGCAGGCCAGAAGGACCAAGGCCAGGCGGCUAACAUGCUGUGCGUGGUGGUGAAUGACAUGGAGCAGCUGCGGCUGGUGAUCGGCAAGCUGCCCACCCAGCUGGCAUGGGAGGCGCUGGAGCAGCGGGUGGGGGCUGUGCUGGAGCAGGAGCAGCUGCAGAACACGCUGCAUGCCCAGCUGCAGGGCGCCCUGGCUGGGCUGGGCCAUGAGAUCCGAACCGGCGUCCGCACCUUGGCCAAGCAGCUGGAGGCGGGCAUUGCCAAGCACAUCCAGAAACUCGUGGGCAUCAGGGAGUCCGUCCUGCCUGAAGACGCCAUUCUGCCUCUGAUGAAGUUCCUGGAGGUGAAGCUCUGCUACAUGAACACCAACUUGGUGCAGGAGAACUUCAGCAGCCUCCUGAGUCUGCUCUGGACACACACGCUCUCGGUGCUGGCGGAGGUGGCUGCCUCCCAGCGGAGCUGCCCCCUGGCCUGUAGCAGGCUGAAGUUUGCACUACAGAACCUGGAGGUCUGCUUCUACGCAGAGGGCUGUGGCCUGCCGCCCGAGGCCCUGCACACUGCCAGCUUUCAGGCUCUGCAGAGGGACCUGGAGCUGCAGGCGGCCUCCAGUCGGGAGCUCGUCAGCAAGUACUUCUGCUGCCGCCUCGAGCAGCAGGCAGCAACCACCUCCGAGGAGCUCGGGGCCGUCACCAUCAAGGCCUCCUACCGCCCCUCCGAGCAGAAGCUGCGUGUGGAGCUGCUCAGCGCCUCCAACCUACUGCCCCUGGACUCCAAUGGCUCCAGCGACCCCUUUGUCCAGCUGACCUUGGAACCCAGGCAUGAGUUCCCUGAGCUGGCCCCCCGGGAGACCCAAAAGCACAAGAAGGACCUUCACCCACUGUUUGAUGAGACCUUUGAAUUCCUGGUGCCUGCUGAGCCGUGCCAGAAGGACGGGGCGUGCCUCCUGCUCACAGUGCUGGACCACGACAGGCUGGGGACUGAUGACCUGGAGGGGGAGGCCUUCCUGCCGCUGCGCUCCGUGCCCGGCCUGACAGGGAUGGAGGAACCUGGCGAAGUGCCUCAGACCCGCCUGCCCCUCACCUACCCUGCACCCAACGGGGAUCUGAUCCUGCAGCUGCUGGAGAGCCGGAAGGGUGACCGCGAGGCCCAGGCGUUUGUGCGGCUGCGGCGGCAGCGAGCCAAGCAGGCCUCCCACCAGCACAGCCUGCAGCCGGGGCGGUAG